AUGUCGAACACACUAGUACCGCGCCUCUCGUUCGUCAUUGGGAGUGAAAUUCUCAACGCAGAAGCUUACGGUUGUGUCCAGCUUAUUGGUACUAUCAUCACUUGGUUUUUGUCGGGGUCAUUGUUGGUGCAAUGCUACGGUUUCUUCUGCACCGAUCAUCUGAAUGAAUACUUGAAAUUCAUCAAAGUAGCGGCCUUCAUCCAAAUAUUAGUUUGGUCUAUUGGGCUCACUGGGAUAGGCGAGUCUGCCACUCAACCGAUCCUUCAACGUACUGACCUCGCCAUUGAUAGAAUCCUGCAUUGUUCAGAUUUUUUUUGCCUGGCGAAUAUGGACCCUGAAAAGAGAGUUCAAAAUCUAUCGAAUUAUUUCACGCAUGAUCUGCUUGGUUGGCGGCCCUCCCCGGUGGCGUUUAUGCAAUUAGCAGCUGCGAUUGCCCGUGGAGUAGCUCUCGUGCAGGCAAAACUAGAGUCCUCAUUUGAGUCAACGAAGCGCAUUAUUGAUCGCCUCAUUAUCGUAACUUUGGAGACCGCCGCCGUCACCCUGAUUAUGACUCUUGUUCAUCUAAUUUUCUAUUUAAGAUCUCCGCCAAGUUCACUCAACCGACUUGGCAUGUAUAAUGUACAUUUUGGGGGGCUUCGUUCUGAACAGCCGGAAACGUGCUCGGCGUCGGCUACUUGA